AUGGAACAAGAAUCAACAGGUUCUUCCCGAAAUACCGAACAGUCUAUUAUCUCAGAGGAGUUAAUUUCAGAAGGAAAAUGGGUCAAACUUGAAAAAACAACUUACAGAGAUCCUACUGGUAAAACAAGAACAUGGGAGACCGUGAAGCGGACAACCAGGAAAGGCCAGUCGGCUGACGGUGUGGCAAUCAUCCCUGUGUUGCAGAGAACCCUUCACUACGAAUGCAUCAUUCUGGUGAAGCAGUUCCGACCCCCGAUGGGAGGCUACUGCCUAGAAUUUCCCGCGGGUCUCAUCGACGACAACGAAAGCCCAGAAGCGGCUGCUCUUCGGGAACUCGAGGAGGAAACCGGCUACAAGGGCGACGUUGCUGACUGCUCUCCAGCUGUGUGCAUGGAUCCAGGCUUGUCAAACUGUACCACACACAUCGUGACUGUAACUAUCAAUGGAGAUGACGCUGAAAAUGUAAGGCCUAAGCCAAAGCCAGGUACUUUUCACUUGUACCUUGUUUGUUUAGAAUUUGUGGAAGUAAUUUCCUUACCAAAGAAUGACCUGCUGAAUAGACUUGAGGCUCUGAUAGCUGAAGAACAUCUGACGGUGGACGCCAGAGUCUAUUCCUACGCUCUGGCAUUGAAACACGCAAACACGAAGCCGUUUGAGGUGCCCUUCCUGAAGUUUUAA